CUAACUUGUUUCUAAUUCUAAGAUCAUGUUAUGUUAUAUUAUAUUGCACACAUAUAGUUUCUACCAAAAUUCAGGACAUAAUUUUACAUUAUACCACAAUUAGCUUUCCUGGCAAAUGAGAAUGUAACAGCCUGCAGUCCACAAAUUACCUUUCCAGGCUUCAGAUUUUUUUAAUUUAAAUGUAUAUUAAAUUUGCCCCUAUAAGUACUAAUUUGUAAGCAACAUCGUUCGUUGAAGUAUUCAGAAUUAACUACUAGGAUGGGGCGCAGUGGUUAGAGUGCAGUACUGCAGGCUACUUCUGCUGAUUGUCGGCUGCCUGCAAUUUGGCAGUUCGAAUCUCACCAGGCUCAAGGUGGACUCAGACUUCCAUCUUUCUGAAAUCAGUAAAAUGUCGGCCCAAAUUGUUUGGGGCAAUAUGCUGACUCUAAACUGCUUAGAGAGCUGGAAAGCACUGGAAAGUGGUAUAUAAAUCUAAGUGCUAUUGCUAUCCCUUCAGGGGCCUAAAUUUACUAUUUGGUUGCAAAGUCUUUAAUCUUAAUUAAAAAAGUAUGCUAAUCUUUCUCUAUCCAGAAAGUGCAGUACAGUAAAUGAACAUUUGAUCCAGUUUGCUCUCAUGUUGGUAUAAAGUACAUCAUUGUUAACAGCAGAGGCCGCUCUACUGGAAAAUAAAUAUCACAGCAUCCGGAAAACAAAACGUUUCUAGAGAAAAAAAAUGUAGAAUAACAUACCUACCAUUUCCUGUUCAGUGAAAAGUUGUUCCAAGAAAUCCACUAUUAUGAGGAUGGUGCCAUAAGAUUUGCUGUAACAUGAGGUGAACUUUAUGGGCUAGCUUUUUUUUUCUGCAUUCGGCAUAGCAGUAUAAAUUGUGCAGCCAGCCACAGCAUGGGAAGCCUUGGAUUUGACUAUAAAGAGUUGACCGCACAAAACUAUUUUCUCACGGAAAACGUUUAUCAAGGAAACCAUGUGUAACUUCGUAUUUUUAUUUGAACCAGUCAAUUCUUAAUAAAACCGUAAUAGUGGCCUCCCUUGUCAAAUCUUGUUUUCUAAAAACCAUGCGAGGAUUUCCCAGAAAGGGGAAGAGAUUCUACUUUGUUAAGAUCCUAGAUUUCCCCUUGCCUCAGUCACCAGCUUGCUCUUUCUUAAGAGCCCAAUUUGGUUUGGCAAACAGGGCAACAAAAGAAAUCCGGAAGUUGCGUUCCCAAAAAGAAACUUUAUAAGAUCAGUGUUAAGGUUUAGCAAAGAAAUCCGGCUUUCGAAUUCCGGCUCGGCUUUUCCUUCUUCAUGAAUGAAGCGGGCGACAUGAAGGGAAACGGUUCAAAUCAAUCCUCCGAUCCAUGAAAACUAAAUCAAUGAAGGUGUGAGUGUCGGACAUAUACGGGUGGCUUCGACUGCCUCUUCUUGGCUCGUGGGAGUUUUGUCUAUAGGUGGCUCAAAGUCCCCCCCCCUCCUUUAACAGCUGCCCCUUUGCUUCGGGGCGAAGCGGCAGAAGCAUUCUGGUCAAGGCAGUUUUAUGAGCCCUCCCCCUGGCAGAACGGAUGAACAGAUCUCGCUUUUACGUCUCCUGUAUGAACGACCUUGGCUGCUUCCAGAAAGAUAAGCAGGGGAAGAGAAUGGAGCUGAUAGUUACUGCAUUUGAAGCCUUGAUCCUGGUGUCUUAAGGGGCUGGUCUACGUAAUCUAUUGACAGCAAUACGGAAUUGUUUUCCUUGAUUGUUAUAAUAUUUUCCUGGAAGUAAGAUGGAAGAGGUUCUGGCUGAUCUGUGUGGGACUAGUUCCAUAGAUCCACUUCCUCUAUGGGUUCAUAGAAAUGUUGGGCACUGUUUUAACCAGCUGCUCUUAAAUGUGGCUCCUCAUGUUAUCUUUGCUGUAAUAAGUGCCUGCUACAUAGGAACACCAAGGUCUUUUGGCUCACAAUGUGCAUACAGACCGGGAUGGAAAUGCAGAAUUGCUGCAUCUUUUAUCCUUGCUGGUUUGUCUAUCCUUGAUAUAAUCCCAGCAAUCCUUUGGCCACAGAAAUUGGAUCCUUUCUUCCUGAAAGUUCUAACAAGUGGCACAGCUGCACUGGCAUGGCUUACUCACAGCCUGGCACUUCUUGCUCUGUACAGAUCUCCGUGCAGUUUCAGCCGUGGUCCUGCAGUCCUACCGAUCCUUGCCUUCUUUCCAGUCCCAUCUCUUGUUAUCACAUUGGUAUGGCACUGCCAGACAGAGCUGGGUGAGCAGCCCCUUCAACUUGCCACAGCCGUCAGGCUCACGGUUCUCUGCCUCCAGUUAGCUUUUCUACUUCUCUGUCUCAUUGGGUAUAUCAUCCCUGUAGGCAAUAGGCAAGACCUUUUGUCCAUCAAUGACCCCUCACAGCAUGAACCUUUGAUCACAGCUUCACAGUUCUCUGAAUCCAUUUGGGAGGCAGUGGCAGAGGAUGGGGAGAGCUGGCUGUCACGUUUCUCAUAUGCUUGGAUGAACCCUCUUAUAAAGCGUGGCUACCAGUGGAAGCUGAAUAAGCCACAAGAUGUCUAUCAACUCCCUCAACAACUGCAGGCCAGCAAAGUCUGUGAACAUUUUUACUCCUGUUGGCGGAAAAAGGCAGCUCUUGCUUCAGAAGAUGAAAGGAUAUCUUCCACAAACCGCUUCUCUGUCAAACACGAUGUGAGACAUAAUGGACUUCCAGCAGGUCCUCAAAAUGCUCCCAAACCUGUACAUCUCCUCUCAGUGCUGCAUGCAGCUUUUGGCCUACGUUAUUAUAGUCUCGGCUUUCUGAAAUUAGCCGGUGGUCUCUUGGGAUUUUCCGGGCCUCUGCUUUUAAAUCUGUUGGUCAGUUUUAUGGAGUCACAUCAAGAACCUCUUAGCCACGGAGUGUUGUACGCACUGGGACUUUUUGCUAGUUCCUUCCUUGGUGCCAUUUUACGUAAUCAGUUUAAUUAUGAGAUAAACAAAAUUAUACUUACUGUACGUACUGCGGUUAUUUCAGCCAUCUACCAGAAAGCUCUCCGGGUAAAUGGAAGUAGCCUGGCUAGCUUCACCACAGGUGAAAUUGUCAACUUUAUGAGCACGGACACUGAUAGACUAGUCAAUUUCUACUUUAGUUUCCAUGAGCUGUGGAGUCUUCCUUUUCAGUUUGCUAUCACUCUCUACCUUUUAUAUCAGCAGGUAGGCAUAGCCUUCCUGGGUGGACUGGCUCUGGCUGUGCUACUUGUGCCCAUUAAUAAAGUCAUUGCUAACUGCAUCAUGGAGAAAAACAAGGAGAUGCUGAAGCACAAAGAUGUACGGGUCAAGCUCAUGACAGAGCUCUUGGGUGGCAUGCGAGUGAUCAAGUUCUAUGCCUGGGAACCACAUUUUGAUGCUAGAGUGAAGGCAUGCCGAGCCAAGGAACUGAAGAGCCUGCGAGCAAUUAAAUACCUUGAUGCUGUGUGUGUCUACCUCUGGGCAGCAUUGCCUGUGGUUGUCUCCAUUGUAAUUUUCAUUACCUAUGUUUUAUUAGGACACCAGCUGUCUGCCACCAAGGUUUUCACAGCUUUGGCCCUUGUCGGGAUGCUCAUUCUUCCCCUCAAUAAUUUCCCUUGGGUGCUGAAUGGGAUCUUGGAAGCUAAAGUAUCUCUAGAUCGAAUCCAGCACUUCCUAGAGCUCACAGACCAAGAUCUGCAUGCUUACUAUAGCAGAGUUUGUCCUUCGAAUUUAUCUUCUGCCUUGGAAAUGCACAAUUCUACCUUUUCAUGGUCCCCAGAAAGCAAAGAAACCUCUGAAUCUCAUGUACCAAGAGGCCAACUUUUCAUACAGAAUCUGUUGGUGACAAAAGGUGCAUUAGUGGGGGUCAUUGGGAAGGUUGGAUGUGGGAAGAGCACACUGCUUGCAGCUAUCACUGGAGAACUUAGUUGUCAAGGUGAACAGGUCUAUGUUUGGGAUUUGGAGAAAGGAUUUGGGUUGGCUACUCAAGAGCCCUGGAUCCAGUUCACCAGCAUCCGUGAAAACAUCCUCUUUGGGAAGGAAUACAAUGCUCAAUUUUACCAGCAAGUAAUAGAUGCCUGUGCUCUCUCUGACGACUUGAAUAUUUUCCCAGAAGGUGAUCAGACAGAGGUGGGUGAGAAUGGAGUCACCCUCAGUGGGGGACAGAAAGCUCGUAUUGCACUUGCUAGAGCUGUUUACCAGGAGAAAGAAUUAUACCUUCUGGAUGAUCCACUAGCAGCUGUUGAUGCAGAUGUAGCCAAUCACCUUAUGCAGAAGUGUAUCCUAGGAAUUCUCAGACACAAAACUCGGAUUCUUUGCACCCACAGAAUUGAGGUUUUGGAAAAGGCUGACAUGAUAGUACUAAUGGAUAAUGGCAGAAUUCUCAGGGCAGAUACUCCAACAAUCAUUCUUCCAUUGGUAGAAGCUGUCCCUAAACUUGGAGCAAUGACCAAGAGAAGGAAGGACACAAUAGACGCUGAAUGCGAUGAAGUGGAGGAAGUGGAGCACGAGGAAGAAGGGCCGGCACAAUUAAGCUGUUUUCCUAAGCAGGAGGAAGAAAAAAAAGAAGGGGCAGUGGCUUUCAAAGUCUACAGGGCAUACUGGCUGGCUGUUGGCAGCUGCCUAGCAUUGUCCAUACUCCUUUCACUGCUGCUCAUGCAGGCUUCUAGGAAUAUUUCCGAUUGGUGGCUCUCAAACUGGAUAUCCAGCCUACCUCAUACUGAAAAUAACUCCAUCAGCAGUUUGGCAGCCCUUCCUUCUUCAUCUCUGCUGCUUUUCUCCCAUGAGGGACUCGUUUCUCCAGUCUUGAGCUCCAUCUCUUCAAAUAGCACUUUGAAUGUGAAUUUUUAUCUGACUGUGUACGGCUGCAUUGCUGGGGUAAAUUCAGUCUUCACCAUCCUGCGGGCCUUUCUUUUUGCUUGUGGCACCAUUCACGCUGCGACUGUCAUUCACAAUCGACUGCUUAGACGGGUGAUGAAGGCUACCAUGACCUUCUUUGAUACCACGCCAACAGGUCGUAUUCUUAAUCGCUUCUCUUCAGAUCUGUACUGUGUGGAUGAUAGUCUUCCUUUUCUUCUCAACAUCUUCCUGGCCAACAUCUUUGGACUGCUGGGUACCCUGGUGAUGAUAACCUAUGGAUUGCCUUGGAUUGGGCUAGUCUUACUGCCCUUGGUGGCCAUCUACUACUCCAUCCAGCUUUAUUAUCGACGUACCUCUCGUGAACUCAAGCGUCUCUACAGUCUCACCUUGUCGCCUAUUUAUACUCACUUUUCAGAGACCUUGACAGGUCUCAGUACUAUCCGGGCAACCAGGAUGACUGGGAGGUUUGAGACAGAGAAUCAAGAACGGGUGGAACUGAACCAGCGUUGCCGUUUUGCCAGCAAUACGGCAAUGCAAUGGCUAGAUAUUCGGUUGCAGAUGAUUGGAGUUGCUGUGGUUACUGCCAUUGCAGGAAUUGCCAUCAUCCAACACCAACGGAAAUUGGGUGAUCCAGGUGAGCUAUGGAAUUAUGAACUCUGCAAAGAUGCACCAAUGCACCAUCAUCUAUGGCCGUGAUGGCAAACCUAUGGCAUGCGUGCCACAGGUAGCAGGCAGAGCCUUUUCUGUGGGCACGUGAGCCAUUGCCCCAGCUCAGCUCCACCAUGCAUGCACGCGCACCUCCCGCCAGCUAGCUGAUUUUUGGGUCUCUGCCAUGCAUGCAUGGGGGGGGCACAUGCGGGAGGCAUGCAUGGAUACGUGGGGUGCACGGGUCGGAGGGUCACACACGCAUUGCAUUAUGGGUGUGGACACGUGCGUGCUGUUGCACAUGGGCGUGAGCGCUUUGGGCACACGACAACAAAAAGGUUAGCCAUCACUGAUCUAUGCCAUCCUUGCCUACUGAGUCUUCUUUAUUUCACUCACAAUAUUGUUCCUUUCAUCAUUGAUAUUAGAUAUGGAUUUUGGAUUUUUCUCCCUUUUCCGAAGAAAGGAUAAUAGUACCAAGAAUGCUGAAAAAGAAAUGAAAAGUAUUUUUUGCUCAUACAAUCAGCAUGCAUUUUAUGUGAAGGCAGGCAGGUGAUUUUUCUGUUCCUUUAUCUUUCCCUUAAAAGAAGAGAAAAAUAAUGUAACUAAAUGAAGUCCAUGUGAGAGCAGGUAAAGUGAACUACUGGAACCUUUUUUUUCCAGCAUGGCAGGCUUCUCUUUCUAAUCAUCUCUAUAAAGUUAAACCGACUGUCUUAAACCGAGGAUAUUCUUCAGAUGUGUGGUCUCCAAGCAGUUCCUAUCUUACAACCGUAAUGGAGCCAUAAGUCAUGACAGUUGUUGUGACCAAGGCCCAAGUAGUUAUUACCAGACACAAUCAGUCCUAAACAAACAUAUUUUAUUAGAACAGCUGAGAAUGAAGUAAUUUAUUCUUAGUCCAAAUUAAGUCCAAAACAAAGUCCUUCAGAAAAAGUCCUUCGACCUUAUCACAAACCUUUGUCUUAUUUGGUACCCUGCCAAAGGCUUUUCUUGGCAAGAACCCCACAGCGACAAGAAACAAUUGUAGCAACAUUGCUUUCCUACAAAGAACCCAAGAGCCGUAGCUGCUCUUUUAAGCCUUAUGGGAGGGGCCAAUCUUCUCCUGGCAUUACUCCCAAGUCGUCCUUUUUGCUUUAGCUGUUUUUGCCUUUUGGCUGCUCUUCGCAUGCGUGCACUAGGAACAGGCUCCUCCUAUUCCUCUGCCUCUCUGCUAUCCGCCUCUGGAGGCUCCGGAGUCCGUGCAUCGCUCCCAGAUAGCCCUGGCCCCAUCUCUGCCUCCAAUGCAGAGCCCUCGUCUGGGCCUUCCCCUGACUCCAGGACUGACCCAUUGUCCUCCCCAGCCUCCUCACUGUCCAACUCCGCUGCCAGCUCCGCAGACUGCUGGUGGACCACAACAACAGUCAGAAAGUGGGUCACCAUAUGACCGGACCCAUUUUUAUAACUUUAUGAAUAGAAUAAUUAUCAGUGCUUUUGAUCUGGAAUAUUAGGAACCUUGUCUGGAAAUACUCCUCUCUGAAUAUACUUAAAGGCAUUUAAGCAAGGGUAAAAUCCAGCAGGUUCUGGAGAACCGGUAGCAGAAAUUUUGAGUAGUGCGGAGAACUGGCAAAUACCGCCUCUGGCUGGCCCCAGAAUGGGUUGGGAAUGGAGAUUUUGCAAUAUCCUUCCCCCAGGAAUGGGGAAUGGAAUGGGGAUUUUGUAGUAUCCUUCCCUUGGAGUGGGGUGGGAAUAGAGAUUUUGCAGUAUCCUUCCCCUGCCUCACCCACCAAGCCACACCCACAGAACCGGUAGUAAAAAAAAUUGAAUUUCACCACUGCAUUUAAGGUAGAUGAACUAGGAUGUUUUUUUUCAAGCAGUGAGCAUGUGUCUAAAAGAGGAAAGAUCAGAUUCUGGAUCACUAUUUCAAAAAAAAAAAGUUGUGAUACUAGUAUCAGAAUCACUUCAGCAGUUCCAAGGAAAACUUUUCUUCAUAUGUUGGCACCUUUCUGUCCUUCGCCUUUGGAGAUGGAUUACUAUCUCUUACCAUUUGCUUCUUUAUCUCAGACGGUAGCUUUCUGUUUUGUUUUAUUUUGCCUUCUUUUGCCC